CUCCUCGCUUUCACAAAAGCCCUCCCAAAAGCCUCUCCCUCAUUUCUCUUAGCUGCCAAAGCUUUCUUCUGCUGCUAUUUCUCCACUCCAUUGCCGGCUUUCAGCAGCUCAAUUUGCUCAUCACGCUCAAACACAAGCUAGCUAAGCCAGCCGGCCACAUUUACUGCCCUCAUGGGGUUGCAAGAGAUGGCGAAGCUGCAGCUGCACCACCAUGGAGGCAUGCGAGCUGCUGACAACGACGGCGACCAGGCAGCCGGCGGUGGGAGGAGGAAGAAGGCUGCGGCUGCAGCGGCGGCGGCAGUCUGGAUCGCCGUGCCGCUCAGGCCCGUCAAGGUCGGCCGCCAAAGACCCUGCAGAGAGACAGAGGAGCGGAAGGAAGAGGAGGAAGAAGAGGUGACGACACCGAGAGGGGAAGGCUGCAGGAUACCCUGGGAGGCGGCGACGUGCCCGCCGGCGCCCAAGAAGGCGAGGACGGCGGUGGCAAUCUUCGCCGACAACCGGUGCAACUGCGACAACGGCGAGGCAACGGAGUACUUCCGCGUGCCGGCGGACCUGGACUCCGUGUUCGCCGUCAGCCGGGUCGCCGAGGCGAACUGAAUGAUUCCUCGUGCUCGCGCAGUGUAGAGCUGCUGAGUGCAAGCGAUCAAAUCCAGUUAAAAGACAGGGAGUCAGAGACAGAGGAGAUGAUCCAAUAAUGCAGCUGUAAAAAUUUCGCAUUGCGAUGCAUGGAUGAUUUAUCCUAGUUAAUUACUUCUCUUUCAGUGUAAAUUAAUCGAGGUCAAGGAAUGCAAUGUGUGCUAGUACUGA